AUGCCCAAGACAAAAAAAAAAAAGUUGAAACCCACCAAAAUAAAGACAAAAUGCUCAAACUGUGACCGAGAAGGAAACACAGACAAAGAGUGCUGGAGAAAGGGUGGUGGAAAAGAAGGACAAGGUCCAAAUCAGCGAAAGAAGAAGGACCAUGCAAAUACAGCUUGUGAACUCACUGCUGAAAAUAACUAUGCAUUCACCACCUUUAAAAUGUCUAAUACUGCAUCACAAUCCGGCCAACAACAAAACUUGGACAUCAUUGUAGACUCUGGUGCUACAUCCCAUUUCUGCCCGGACAAAACAAAAUUCAAAUCUUUCAAGCCGAUACAGCCUCAUCCAAUCAUCAAUGAACUACCUACACAAGUGCAUGUGGCACAUAGCCCCAUCCUCUAUAAGGACAAUGUUGUCUAA